AUGUCAAAAGCAGUGGGGAGUCAGGGCGGGUCGGUUGCGAUAUAUGAAUUGACAUUUUCAACCGUCCACUCUCUCUAUAAGGAAAGGUACGCUUUUAGAGAGAAUAUGUCUGACGUUAUUAUCCAACAUCUAAUAACAGAAGAAAAAGUUCGCAUAAAAUGCAGAGAUUUAGUUAAAAAAUUGGCCAUUUAUAAAAACAGAUUGGCUAUACAAUUGCCUGAAAGAGUUAUCAUUUAUGAAUUAACAAAAGAGUUGGACAAUACAAAUAUGCACUACAAAGUGAAAGAGAAAAUUAACCACAAACUUGAUUGCACUCUAAUCGUGGUUUGCUCUGAGAAUCUAGUCUUAUGUCAGGAGAAGAGAUUGCAAUGUCUUUCAUUCAAUGGUAUGAUGGAAAGAGAGUGGGCUUUGGAUUCUUCGAUACGUUAUAUCAGAGCGACUGGAGGUCCGCCUGAAAGAGAGGGUCUACUCGUUGGACUUAAAAAUGGACAAAUUGUGCAAAUAUUUAUUAAUAAUCCCUUCCCAAUAAAUGUUAUCAAAAUUUCAAACCCCGUUCGUUGUCUCGAUAUAAGUAUACUUCGGAGAAAGUUAGCCGUAGUCGACGAUAAGGGCAUGUGCUCUGUCUUUGACUUAAGGACUAAACAAUUGUUAUAUCAAGAGCCAAAUGCCAAUUCUGUUUCAUGGAAUACACACUUUGAUGAUAUGUUAAGUUAUUCUGGUGCCGGUUCUCUUAGUAUUAAAGCAGGUGAUUUCCCCGCUCAUCAUCAAACCCUUCAGGGUUUUGUAGUUGGAUUUUGUGGGGCAAAAGUGUUUUGUUUGCAAUACAAUUCAGUGACAACCGUUGAAGUCUCACAAUCGGCGCCAAUGUAUCGCUAUAUAGAGAAGAAUAUGGAAGCAUAUAAGACAGCGUGCCUUAAGGUAACAGAAUCUGAUUGGAUUGGUUUGGGUAACAGUGCUCUCGAUUACAUGAAUCUGGAAAUUGCGAGAAAAGCAUUUAUUAGGACAAAGAAUUGGCUGUUUUUAGAGCUCAUCCAGUCUUACAUCCGGUCGACGACGACUCAAAGCAAAUCAACUGAAUUGUCACUAAUGGGAGAUGUGAUGGCAUUUAGAGGAUAUUUUGCAGAAGCGGCCAAAUUAUACAAACAGUCAAGAGAUGACAGCAAAGCGGUGACAAUGUAUACUGAUUUGCAAAUGUUUGAAUCGGCACAGGAGUACACGAGUGCCGACUCCCACACCAAAAGUCAAUUAACUAAGAAGAGAACCGAUUGGUUGCACAAUUCAAACGAACCCAAAGCUGCGGUUGAGAUGUAUUUGGCUUCUGGCGAUACGGUUAAGGCGAUUGAGAUCAUUGGCCAAAACGGAUGGAUUGAUAUGCUUAUGACAGUUGUACGUCAGUUGGAUAGGGCUGACCGAAAGGCACUGACACUAUGCGCCGACAUAUUAAUUAAGAGCAAACAGUAUUCAAACGCCGUUGAAGUCUAUAAAAAAAUAGGUGACGUUCAGAAUCUGGCAAUGAUUUAUAUAAAGUCGAGUCAAUGGCAAGAGGCAUUCAGACUCGCAGAUGACUACCCGCACCUGAAACAGGACGUGUAUGUGCCCUAUGCUAUAUGGUUGGCUGAAAAUGAUCGUUUUGUCGAAGCACAACAAGCUUUUCAUAGGGCAGGAAAAGUGACUGAAGCCUCACUUGUAUUACAACAGCUAAUGAAUAAUGCAAUUAAUGAAAAUCGCUUUAAUGAUGCCUCUUAUUAUUGCUGGAUAUUAGCCAAUCAGAGCCUUGAUUUGGCCAAAGAGUCCACUCCAGAGACACAACAGUCAGUUAAUUUCAUCAACAGAUACCAUGAUUUAUCAAAAACUGCAAACAUUUAUUAUGCCUAUCAUAACAUUCAUAGAUAUAUUAGGCGCCUCAAACAGCCCGACAGGCCGUCCACUCGAGCAACAGCUGAUUUAGUUGCGCCCCAAUGUCUGGGAUCUGAGGAGCCGUUCACAGCUUUUUUCCCCGACGCUCUCUUCAAUAUGGCUCGAUAUCUCUUUCACUCCACUAUGGCUUCGGCUCCAGAAGGCGUCUCUAAAGUCAUAAUAUUGUAUGCGUUGGCAAAACAGGGCCGAAACUUAGGUGCUUUCAAACUUGUGCGACACGUGUACGAGAAGCUGCACAAAAUGCAUGUUCCCAUCCGAUUGCAAGAUGCCAUUGAUAUGGGAGAUCUCACCAUCAGAGCCAAGCCAUUCAGCGAUUCAGAGGAUUUACUUUCUUUGUGCUACCGAUGCUCAACGACUAAUCCUUUAUAUAAUAGUAAUGGCAAUCAAUGUCUUAACUGCAAUCAGCCAUUCGUCUACUCAUUUGCAACUUUCGAUAUUCUGCCUUUGAUUGAGUUUGAGAUCGAAGAAGGAAUUUCUGAUGUCAUGAGUUUAGUUAAUCAAAAGUCAGAUCUCGACUCAAAUUUCAAUUUUGAAGGUAUGAGUGGUUCUGAAUGGCAGGAAGAAAAGGCAGACAAUUAUCAGGCCUUAAAGUUGGGCUACGAUUAUAUGAGCACUCAAUACAAUAACGAGGAGUUUAAUAAUAACGAUAUGAGUCCUAACGAUCCCACCGGUGAUCCGUUUACGGCUACUCUCGCCUCAUAUCAAGAAUCCGAAAGCUAUAGACCCGUAAGAGUGAGUCGAACAACACUUCAACGAAUGAAACCAUCGGAAAUAAUUGUCGUCAACUUUCCUCCGCCGCUAACUAUUAAGUAUUACCGAAACUUAAUGCCAGACAUUCCUAUAACUGUAUGUCAGUCUUGUUUUAAGUUUUUCCAUUCGGACGAAUUCGAGAUGCAAGAGACGGGUCGUUGCCCUUACUGUCGAUCCUCACAUCAACGCUCGCAUCAUUAGAGGGUUAUUAUUGUUUGCCUCAACUUUAUUUCAUUUUACAGUAUCUUAUAUUCAUUUUUAUCACUAUUUCAACAAACAUUUUCAUUUUGUUAACGUUAUAAUCGAUGAAAUCUAAUAUUAGUUUUCAUUUUGAAGAGAACCCCAACAAACUCUCUCCCUCUCUGCC